AUGAAAUCAACGUUGAUAAAACUUUUUCGUUGUACGCUUGUACUCGUCCUCAUCUUCUCAAUCGGUCAAUCGCCCGUCUCAUCUAAAUAUGUCUUUGACGGUAUCGAAUACGAAAAAGUUGGCGGACAAGUUCUUCAAAAACGCAACUCACCCAAACCAAAGCCAGUUGUAAGUAAAUGUCAGUGUACACAGGCUAUCGCAGAGUUUGAUUCGGAUGGCAUAGUCGGUUCGGUCCAGUUUGUACAGAAUCCCUGUGGCCAAACGACUUUGACUGGUACUUUUCUGAGCGGGUUCAAGAACACGGCAGCCGAUUACAAGUUCGAGAUUGUCAAUCCCAAGGCAGGAGAUUGCAAUGUUGGCCGCAAUGAAACUAUCGCAAACAUAACCCCGUUGAUCGACUUUAAGUUCUAUAAGGGUGGAUUAAAGACAUGGACAGCAACUACAUCAAACUUUAGUCUCAACUGUAACGAGAAAGGUGCCGGUCCAAAUGUGCUCAAUCAGCGUUUGUACAUAUAUGUAAAUGGUGACAGAACUGGUUCGGGUACAGUGAAAAAGAGAGGAGGAGGACAUCGACGAUAA